AUGGCCAGUACUCCCAGCGUGCAAUGCUUCGGCAAGAAGAAGACGGCCACCGCUGUCGCCCACUGCAAGCAAGGCAAAGGUCUGAUCAAGGUCAACGGCCAACCUCUCGCUCUCGUUAAGCCAGAGCUCCUCAAAUUCAAGGUACGGAAAUACCCACGUUUGGAACCCACGGUGGAAAGAAAAUGGAAGGAAACGGAUGGAGAAGAGACGAGGGAAAGACGAGUGGAAUCGCAAAUGAUCGAUGUGGUCUACGAACCCAUCCUCAUCGUUGGCCUCGACAAGUUCGCCGGUGUCGAUAUCCGUGUCCGCGUCACCGGUGGUGGUCACACUUCCCAGAUCUACGCUAUCAGACAAGCUAUCGCCAAGUCGAUAGUCGCCUACUACCAGAAAUUCGUCGAUGAACACUCCAAGAACCAACUGAAGCAAGCCCUCGUUCAGUACGACCGAACUCUCCUCGUUGCCGAUAACAGACGCUGCGAGCCAAAGGUCUUCGGUGGUCCCGGUGCCCGUGCCAGAUACCAGAAAUCUUACCGUUAA